ACAAUCGACUUUUAGACUUUUAAACGAACCUGGUGUAGUUUAUCGAUGCAGUUUACCGGGUUCAUGUGUAGAGAUUAAACCGACUUUCAUGAAAGACGAAGAAGUAUAUGUAGACCAACUUAAUAGACACGUGUAUGUAAAGAAGGAACAUUCUUGGUUCGGUGGUGCAAUGUCGAUAGAAAAGUACAGCGGUUUCCUUACGAUAUGUGCUCCACGUAUUAUUCUUAGAAUAUUCACAUUCAAGAGUACGAAAUACGUGGAUACUUUGCAAGGCAUGUGUUAUAGUGGUGAAACGUCAUCGGUAACAUUAAAACCGGAAAAUUCUGAAAUUACAUCUUUUGAUUUCAGCAAAAAUACAUGGUAUGAUCCAAUCCAUGGUUUCUCCGUUGCCUUUGCGGUAUCUUUACGGAUACCUUAUUUACAGAAACAAUAUAGAUCAAUAAGCCGUAUUGUUGGAAGACCAAAUGACAACAUUAUAGGUAGUGUCAAUAUAGGACGUUUUCGGAUGUACAGGUUUAAUGAGAUUUAUAGAAAAACUACAGAUAAUAUACCGAUAUAUGAUGAUCUAUCAAAAUUUGGCUAUGCGGUAACAUCAGGAUAUUAUUUCCACCGAAAUCAACCCCUUUACGCUUGUGCGGAUCCAGGAUGGAAUUACAUAGGGCAGGUUGUUAUAGUUGAUAUGGACGGAGAUUUUAUACCCCUAGUUACGAAUCUUCGUGGCAGUGACAUCGGCGAAUUCUUUGGAGCCAGCUUAGCCAGCGGUGAUUUAAACAACGACGGUCUAUACGACCUUGUUGUCGGAGCUCCACAUUGGGGGAAUGAUAACGGCAGAAUUCACAUAUAUCUGGGCAGCUCAAAGAAAGAGUUCGAAGCAGCCACGAUUCUAAAAGGUGCCAGAGAAGAUGCACAGUUCGGUUACGCAGUAGCAGUCGGUGAUGUGGAUGGAGAUGAUUUUUGUGAUAUUAUAGUAAGCGCUCCUUGGGAAGAAUCCGGAGCAAUUUAUAUUUACAAUGGCGACACAAGUUUAAAAGAUAAAGUAAGACCUACAAUGUCACAAAGGAUCACAAUGCAAUCUUUUAGUCAUAAUCCUUCGACGAAAGGAAUGAACAUACAAACGUUUGGAUUUUCGAUAUCUGAACCGAUCGAUAUUGAUAACAAUGGGUACGCAGACAUCGCGGUAGGCGCAUAUAAAUCAGGACAUGUCAUAGUACUUCGGAGUAAACCCAUUGUAAGAACAAAUUUAACUGUAUAUACCAUUCCAAGCACUUUACAAAGGAACAUAAGUAACUUUUUAGUUGAAGCGUGUGUUGAAUAUCAAAACUACAACAUUACAAAUAUACAUGCUUUCAAAGUCUCUCUUAUUAUGGACCAAAAAUACAAACGUACUAAAGAGACUUCAUUAGAAAUGUACUCAAUGGAUGUUUCCAUUCAUACGUGUGUGAAUGCUACUAUUACUCUUUCGAAUGAUAUUCAAGAUUUUAUUGAACCGAUUACCAUUUAUGCAUCUCAUGAUUUUACGUACAAUGAUUCAUUUGAAUUUUGUAAGACCUGCCCUGUUGAAAGCAAAAAUAAUAAAAUGAUGAGCGUGCACGUUUUGCUUCCUUUCGACAUUGAAUGCGGAGAGGAUAGAGUCUGCAAUUCCAACAUACAUGGAACGAUGAAACUUUGGGGGGUCAGGGAAAAUAAUACUUGGAUAAUUGGUUCCAAUGACAUCACUUUAGAAACACAUUUAAAGAAUUAUGCUGAGCCGGCAUAUCUUACAACAAUCGUGUUUACUCUACCGAAGGAGAUAGUACUUCGUAGUAUCUUAUCAUUUUGUGAAGAAGACACAGACGAAGAUAUCCUGACGGUUAUUUGCAACGUUGGCAACCCAUUUGGAACAGAUGAGCAGAAAGUUGUGAAACUCGAUUUAGAUAUGAGACAUCUGACCAACGGUUCUUUGCAUGGACAAGUUCUGGAGUUCUUUACGGAGAUACGAACUCGCAACACAAAUAAUGGCACGCAUAUGAUUAAAUUACCGUUGAUUUUACAAAGUGAAGCUUUUUUAUUGUUAAAUGGAAAAGCGAUUGAGAAAAGUUAUUAUCUACCUAAUUUGGAUAGUGAUCGAUCAAAUAUAGUUUUUCAACACGUUUAUCAAAUAAUGAAAUUCGGUGAGACACCUAUAGAAGAGGCGCGACUUAUCGUCAAUCUACCAACGGCUAUACACAACUCAGAUUCUCCUAUAUUUUUGUAUAAGCCGCGAAUUUAUGUAUCUGGAAAAUAUUACGACUGCUUAUCAAAUGGAGUGAAUCUGAUGAAUAUGCAGCAGGAAUUUUUAGGAGAGACAGCGUCAGAUGCAUCUAAUUUAUAUAAUCUAGACUAUAAUAACGAAACGCUGCAAAAUGCGACGCAUGAUGUAUUCAAAAGAAAUGCGGACAAUUACAUAAUAACAUUUGGUGCUCAUAUCUUACAAACAUUGUACAUUUUGAGAAUGACGACGUCCAAAGAUUCGAACGGUAAUCUAACAAUCCAAGAACGCGAUAUCGUAUACGUGAACUGUUCGACAUAUGGUGUGAACUGUUCGACGAUAUACUGUGAUCUGAAUGCGUUAAAAACACAACAGGAUAUCGGGAAAUUAGUGAUGAGAUUAAUUCUCAAUACCACAAAGCUCAAAGAUCAUUUUAAUUUGUUUAACGAAAUGAAGAUUGUGAAAAUCAGCACAGAUGCUUAUGUCGAAAUCAUAAAACCGGCAAAUAGGAUUUUUAGGAUGAACGAGAGUUUAAGGAACAUUUAUGUUGUAGACACAAUACGAAUGUCACGACAGAAUUUCAUAAUACAACGAAGACGCAGAAAUUGCAACUUUUGGUUGUACUUGUGUCAGUUUCAUUAGGUCUAAUAUUAUUAUGUAUCGUUGUUAUUAUAUUAAAUAAGCUAGAUUUUUUCAAGAGGACAACGAAAGAAGAACUGUUCACUUUAAAAUCUGAUGAG